CUCACUUCCAGUUCCACGCAGCACUUCAGUGCAUCUAAAACCUCAGACAUGGAUGACCCUCCACAAAAUGGCUCCAUGCACACACUAACAACCACCGCAGCCCGACGACGGUGACCUCUAAGGGCAAUCGAAAAGGACUUUAUUUCUUGGGUUUAACCAUUUUCACUGGAUUGUACUAUACUUGUAAAAACUGCUUGUUUGGAUUCUAAACGAUGAUGGAAAAACUGAAAUCCGAGAAAUUUCCGCUCAGCCCGAACGCGGAGGACUGUGCUUCUCCCCCACGCGACACCAGCACGACUUCCUCCCCAGGUUUGGAACCCGUGGAGGAGGGAGAUGCAUGCGGGAAACAGGAAGGCACGACGCCGGAGAAAGGAGAGCAUCACCUCCCCGAGGAGAGAUGCAACGGGACUCUCAUCCUUAAUGGCGUUGCCAAGGAAACGGCUUACCACGCCAUUGAGCUAAAAAAGGAAGUGCCGGUGAUCGAGCUGUCCAGGAGAGGAGGGACUGGUGAUAUAAAAGGCAGGGAGCUUAAGGCAGACAGCAGCCAUAAGGUGCAAACCACGGAGCUGUGCAGACCACCGAUUCCUCUGCCGCUGCCACCCAAGGACCCGCUGAGCGAAACUCGAAUGGUGCAGUUGAGUCCACCCGCUUUCCCUCUCCCGGCCCGAGCGAUGCUCUACAGCAACAUGGCGCAACCGCUCUCCACUAUUAACAGUGGUUAUGCUGGAGAAGGGGAUCAAUAUGGGAUGUAUCCGAGCAGUCGGGUGAAACGCAGACCUGCGCCUUAUGAGGUUGAAAUCAGCGAUGGAUCACAGCCGAAAAUCGUGCGGCGGAUCUUUACGAACAGCCGCGAGCGCUGGAGGCAGCAGAACGUGAACGGCGCCUUCUCCGAGCUCCGCAAGCUCAUCCCCACCCAUCCGCCCGACAAGAAGCUGAGCAAGAACGAGAUCCUGCGCCUUGCUAUGAAAUACAUCAACUUCCUCGCCAAGCUACUCAACGACCAGGACGACAUGGUCGGUGGCGAUGGGCCUGCCAGGGCCGGCCGCGACACUACCCUGGUGCGGGACGACCUCCUGCAGGAGAUGCUCAGCCCCAACUCCAGCUGCGGGAGCCUGCUGGAUGGGGACGGCAGCCCGGAGAGCUUAACCGAGGACCAGGACUCAUCUGUGGACUCCAGACCUUCAGCAAGGGGACUGCAUCAUUCCACUCAGGCCCUGGACGGAAACGCCCAGCGAUGACUGAGUCGGAUGCUCUGCGGACCUAAAAUAUGUUUAUGUUGUGUGCAAGCAUAUUCUUAAGUAUGACCUUCUCUUUGCGCCUCAAUACUUCUUUGGUGCCCUACGUGGUGGAACACUGGUACAGGGGAAAAUGUUGAGCGGCCUUCUGUCCACACUUGGUCAUUUAGGCAGCGAAUAGUGGAUCUGUAAACAGAAAAGGAAACGGAAGGAUGUGACUGGUACAUUUUCUUGCGUUCCGACCCACAUCUCAUCAGGUACACUGUUGGUAAAGUGGAAACCGAAGGACAUUUGAUCUCAAGUCAUAUUAUUCUGAAAAGGGCUUAAAAUGAUUUAGAAAUGCCCUGACUUCAUGACCAUGCUUUUUUGAGACUUUGGAGACAACAAAUAUCUGAAGGAAUUAUGACCCUUGUCAAGUAUUAACAGUAUAUUGGCAAUAGCACCAAAACUUAUGCUAUUUGGGAAAAAGUAUUGCCAUUUUGUAAAUGGUUUUUCUGUAUUAUGUUUGGAAAUAUGGCAAACAAAACAGGCAAAUGAAUAAAGAGAAUCUUUCGAGGUGGAAGAGGUACAAGAACGUGUACAUAAAUCGAGAUAAUGUCGUGUGUCAUCUUCCUUUACGCUGUUGUUUUGCAUUGUGAUUAUGGUACAUCUUUAAUUAGCAUCCAUCCACCCUCAUGCGUUUAUUUCUUUGGCUCAUUCCCCCCACACGUAUUCAUCGAGUAAGCGUUCAGUCACUUUAUUUGACUUGUAUGAACUUAAUCUGCUUUUUAGCAGAGGAUUGAGUAACCAGUCUUGGUACCUUUAAGUCUUUUAUUGGGUAUUAAAAGAACAAAGAAAAAAAAGAAUAAAAAAAUGUUAUUUUGAUGUGAUAUUUAGUAGAAAGACCUUUGGUGUAAGGUGAAAAUCUAUCUAUAUAUGCAAUGUUAUAUCUCACGAAACUUUUAUAUAAAAAGCCACAAAAAUAAAAAACGCAAACCUGAAACCUGCGCACUGUGGA